GCGGCGGCGGCGGCAGCGGCGGCGGGAGGCGCGUCUCCCCGGCCCAGUCCGCGCUCGGCCCCGCGGGGUCGCCCCGGCCAGCUCCGAGGAAAAACUGCAUAGAAAAUCUAAUGGAUGAAGAUGAGAAAGACAGGGCAAAGAGAGCUUCUCGAAACAAGUCUGAGAAGAAGCGUCGGGACCAGUUCAAUGUUCUCAUCAAAGAGCUUAGCUCCAUGCUCCCUGGCAACACACGGAAAAUGGACAAAACCACCGUGCUGGAAAAGGUCAUUGGAUUUUUGCAGAAACACAAUGAAGUCUCAGCGCAAACGGAAAUCUGUGAUAUUCAGCAGGACUGGAAGCCUUCAUUCCUCAGUAAUGAAGAAUUCACCCAGCUGAUGUUGGAGGCCCUGGAUGGCUUCAUCAUCGCAGUGACAACGGACGGCAGCAUCCUCUAUGUUUCUGACAGUAUCACGCCUCUGCUCGGGCAUUUACCGUCAGAUGUCAUGGAUCAGAAUUUGUUAAAUUUCCUUCCAGAACAAGAGCAUUCAGAAGUGUAUAAAAUGCUUUCUUCCCAUAUGCUUGUGACAGAUUCCCCCUCCCCAGAAUACUUAAAAUCUGACAACGAUUUAGAGUUUUAUUGCCAUCUUCUCAGAGGCAGCUUGAACCCAAAGGAAUUUCCAACUUAUGAAUACAUAAAAUUUGUAGGAAAUUUUCGCUCUUACAACAAUGUGCCUAGCCCCUCUUGUAACGGCUUCGACAGCACCCUUUCGAGGCCCUGCCGGGUGCCGCUUGGAAAGGAGGUCUGCUUCAUUGCCACCGUUCGCCUGGCAACGCCCCAAUUCUUAAAGGAAAUGUGCAUAGUUGACGAACCCUUAGAGGAAUUCACUUCAAGGCAUAGCUUGGAAUGGAAAUUUUUAUUUCUGGAUCACAGAGCCCCUCCGAUCAUAGGAUACCUGCCUUUUGAAGUUUUGGGGACCUCGGGCUAUGACUACUACCAUAUUGACGAUCUGGAGCUCCUGGCCAGAUGCCACCAGCACUUGAUGCAGUUUGGCAAAGGGAAGUCCUGUUGCUACCGGUUUCUGACCAAAGGCCAGCAGUGGAUUUGGCUGCAGACCCACUACUACAUCACGUACCACCAGUGGAACUCCAAGCCUGAGUUCAUCGUGUGCACACACUCGGUCGUCAGUUACGCGGACGUCCGGGUAGAAAGGAGGCAGGAGCUGGCUUUGGAAGACCCACCACCUGAGGCCGUCCACCCUUCAGCACUAAAGGACAAGGGCUCCGGCCUGGACUGUCAGCAGCACUUUAAUGCACUUGACGCGGGCACCUUGGGCCUUAACCCCAGUCACUCACCAUCGGUGUCCUCCAGAAGCUCCCACAAAUCCUCGCACACGGCCAUGUCAGAACCCACCUCCACCCCGAGCAAGCUGAUGGCCGAGGCCAGCACCACGGCUCUGCCAAGGUCGGCCACCCUGCCCCAAGAGCUCCCCGUGCCGGGGCUCAGCCAGGCAGCCACCGUGCCGGCUCCCCUGCCAGCCCCGUCAUCCUGUGACCUCACCCAGCAGCUCCUGCCCCAGACCAUUCUGCAGAGCCCCUCUGCCCCCAUGACACAGUUCUCAGCACAGUUCAGCAUGUUCCAGACCAUCAAAGACCAGCUGGAGCAGCGGACACGGAUCCUGCAAGCCAACAUCCGGUGGCAGCAGGAAGAGCUCCACAAGAUCCAGGAGCAGCUCUGCCUGGUUCAGGACUCCAACAUCCAGAUGUUUCUGCAGCAGCCGGCCGUAUCCCUGAGCUUCAGCAGUGCCCCGCGUCCUGAGGCCCAGCAGCAACUCCAGCAGAGGUCGGCCCCAGGCUCCCAGCCCCAGCUCGUGGCCAGCCCUCAGCUUCCAGGGCAGAUGGGCUCCGCCCAGGUAGCGAACCAGCACCUGCUCAGAGAAUCCAGCGUGAUAGCAACCCAGGCUCCAAGGCCAAUGCGAAGCUCGCAGAUGAUGCAGGGAAGCGGCCACUCGGUGAGCAGCUUGACGCCCCAGUUCAGCAGCGCCACGGCGGUGCUCCCGCCAGCUCUGAGCCUGACCACACUCGCUUCUGCCUCCCAGGACGGCAGCCAGUGCCAGCCCAGCCCGGACUUCAGCCACGAUCGGCAGCUCAGGCUAUUGCUGAGCCAGCCCAUCCAGCCCAUGAUGCCUGGGUCCUGUGACGCGAGGCAGCCCUCAGAGGUCAGCAGGACUGGACGGCAAGUCAAGUAUCCACAGAGCCAGGCUGUGUUUCCAAACGCAGACAUGCGCACCACCAGCAGCAGCACCUCGCCCCCCGUCCUGCUGAUGGGACAGGCGGUGCCCCAGGCCAGCUUCCCCGCCUCCCGGCAGUCGCCCCUGCAGCCCGCACAGGCCCAGCAGCAGCCACAGCACUUCCUGCAGGUACAGGCGCCAACCUCUCUGCACAGUGAGCAGCGGGACUCGCUACUUCUCUCCACCUACUCGCAACAGCCAGGGACCCUGGGCUACCCCCCGCCGCCUCAGCCCUCACGCCCUCCCCGAAGGGUCAGCAGCCUAUCUGAGUCCUCGGGCCUCCAGCAGCCACCCCGGUAGUGCCCUGGCACCUCGGUCGGGUCACAAUCAGCUUUAACCAAUGGACGGACCAUGGGGGUGGCCACAGGAAUGGGGGAGAGGAGUUUAAACCCUUGGCUUUUGUGCACACUGCAUACAUUUCAGAACUCCUGGAUGGUAACCAUCUCCAGAGCACAGUGGCUGGCAUGUGGAAAAUGAUCAGAGUACUGGCCGUGUUUCCCUAGCCUCUGUGUUUCUUGGGCACACUCUACAGCCAUACUCGGAUGGGACCCGAGUGCCCCACGUAAGUGUCGUUACUCAGUUCACUUAGCAGAUGGCACAUCUCGCCUCGCCCUCCCGAGAGCGCACUGGUCCCUCUAGCCGGCUGUGGUCUGUCCACACUUGCUAGCUGGCCUUCACUCUCUUGAUCCUCUUUCCUUUGCAUUCGAGAAGCACUGGGUCAGAGAUCUGUUGAAGAGAGAGAAUAAAGAGAUUAUUUUUCAUUAUUUUUAAAUGGUGGUUUUUGUUUUAAUUUUGCACAGCUGCACAGAGGAGAUAACUUAGGCACUUUCAGGUUUUAAAAAUAAGAAGGUCUCAUGACUUCACUUGGAGACCGCAGGAACAAAAACAGCCUACCAAUCAGAUGGCAGAGCCGGUCCUUGUUAACCAGGCCGCAGACCCACGCCCUCUGGCCUGAACCCUAAUGAAAGGAGGCUCUUUCUGGCCAUUAUUGUUUCCCCUAAAUAGAACACUGGACUGUUCCUGUUUACUUCCUUGAUUGCAACUGCAAAGGCGGACUCAAAGCAAAGCACAAUCAUGCAGCUGAUAUUCUGGAAUUCUGUCGGGAACUCCGAGACAGAAUUGGAGGAAGAGGUUUCCCGAACCAGGCAGGCCCGGGGAGCUCCAGGCCCCCGAGGAAACCCCAGCGUGCGCCGGCCCCUUGAGUGAGAAUGCUGCAUCUUUCUACAGAUCUUUCAUGAGAAGACCGAGGAUUGGAUUCUCCUUUUCAAAAUGCACUUUGCUUUUUUUGUAUGUUUUGUUAUGUUGAGAUGUUUCUAAAGAAAAGAUUUUAUGUAAUUAAAAUACGAAGUGUAGUGAAUUGUACAGCUGUUGUAAUAAUGACCUAUUUCUAUAUAAAAUAAAAUUGUACGGAUUAUGUGUAAAUUAUUUUGUAUCUGAGACACCAGUUCCUUUCCCAGAUAUAAAAGUAUAAAAGUUUUCUUGUGUUUUUCUGUGAGUGGCCAUUUUGUAAUAAAUUAACAAAUUUGUACAAUUUCCUCUGGAGGCAGUUUCUGUCCCUUGUCAUCUAUGCAUGCAUACAUCUUUUCUUCAUUUUUAAAAUUUCUUUUUAAUUUCAAGACGUUCCUAAGGAUAAUCGAAGGUAGAGCAAAGGUGAAAGCAAGCAAUGAAUGAACCAGGUAAUGGCAUUAGGUUUUCUGAGCCGCAACAUGUGCACCAGCCCGUCAGGUUCCCGUGACCUUCACAGUUAAAGAUUGUGCCUGAAAAAAAAGCGAUGGUUCACCUACCGUGAAGAUGACAGCACAGCAAACAGAAACUGAAGGAGCUCCUGGAAACAUCUCAGCCUUAUAGACGUAGGGAGUCUGUGGAGAUGAUGGAGACGUUCUGCAUCAAGGCAGUCCCAGCCCAUAAUUAACCUCACCUGGGCUGGAGUUCAUGGGCUCCCCGUGCCAGCGCUUAGCUACCAGGGAUGCUCGCGGGGUUCGUUUGUCUGUGAGAGGUGCGUACGCACCUCCUGUUGAUGGGGGGAGAGAUACAGCAGCAGCAUCUAGGAGGCUUUUGCCUCUCCCCCACCCCUUCCCCACAAGGCUUCAUCACCGUGACGUGAGGAUGGAGAACCACAGCCCUUGCCACAAACACUGGUCCAAGAGAACGAAGUUCCUUUCCUUGCUCCAUCGCUAUAGCUCUGCACUUCCUCCUGCUUCCCUGUGAAAAGGGGGAGCUCCUCUGUCCUAUGACAAGGACCACUUUUGGAUGGCACGAGAGAGUUUUACUGUUCACACGAUUGUAUUCCUGAA